GGGGGGGAAUUAUAAACAAAUCCGAUAGCCGGUGGAGUAUUCUGCAAGUCUUCCAUGUGACAAUAGUCCACUAGUUCUGCUCUCAUUUGUCAUUUCCUUUCCUCACCAACCAACCGCCAUGGAAGCUCAAGCUCAAGCUCCUCCUGAGGGCUACAGAAGAAAUGCGGGCAUCUGCCUCAUCAAUUCAUCUAACAAGAUUUUUUUUGCUUCAAGGCUCGGGCGCCUUGAAAUUUGGGAGAUGCCCCAGGGGGGUAUCGAUGAUGGUGAGGAUCCGAAGACUGCUGCCUUUAGGGAACUGAGGGAAGAGACUGGAGUCAGCUCUGCAGAAAUACUUGCAGAGGUUCAGCUCCUAGUGAUCGUUCCAUAUUGGUUGACUUAUAAUUUCCUACCCGAGGCUAGGGAAAGGCUCAAAGUCCACUGGGGUACUGAUUAUAAAGGCCAAGCGCAGAAGUGGUUCCUCUUUAAGUUUACUGGCAAAGAAAAGGAAAUCAAUCUUUUGGGUGAUGGAACUGAGAAGCCCGAGUUCGGGAAGUGGUCGUGGAUAUCACCCGAGCAAGUCCUUGAGCUUGUAGAAGACUCCAGGAAGCCUGUCUAUGAGGAAGUUUUGGGUUUCUUCAGUCCACAUCUCAAAGAGCAGCUUUGAAGACCUGAAAGAUCUUUCCGUGCUUGAUAUGAUUUAGAACAGUUCUGCACUGAUAAAUCAGAAUUUGUCUCCAAUAAAGGCUUUGAAUUUCAGGUUCUA